GUAAAAAAUAGAAAAUGGCAAAUCAACGGCUUAUAGAUUAUAUUUUAUCAUCGUCAGAUGAUGAAGAAUUUUUUUAUGCUGAUCGAAGACCACAAAUUUAUAGAGAACGACGAAAUUUUUUCGAAGAGUUUGAUGACAUUGACUUUCAAACUCGUUUUAGAUUGUCAAAGAAUAGUGUUAAUGAAGUGUUAACAGAAAUAAGAGCUGAAUUAGAACAUAGAACACAACAAAAUAAAGCAAUUCUCCCAUGAAUCAACUUUUACUUACACUGAGAUUUUAUGCAACUGGAAGUCAUUUGAUUUCAGCUGGGGAUUUUUCCGGUGUCAGUAAGACAAGUGCACAUAGAAUUGUACAUAGAGUAACUAUUGCUAUUGCUCGACUACGACCGAAUUAUGUAAAAUUUCCAGUAAUAGCGGAUGCUAUAAAACGUAAACAGAUAAAAUUUUUCAAUUUUGCUCGAUUUCCGAAAGUUUUAGGAGCCUUGGAUUGCACUCAUAUUAAAAUUCAAUCACUUGGUGGGAAUGAAGCAGAAAUUUUUAGAAAUCGUAAAGGAUACUUUUCUAUGAACGUUCAAGCAGUAUGUAAUAAAGAUUUGGAAUUUAUCGACAUUGUAGCUCGAUGGCCUGGAUCAGCUCAUGAUAGUACUAUUUUCAACAACUCACGAAUACGAGCCUUGUUUGAAGCUGGUACAUUUGGUGACAGAUUAUUGAUAGGGGAUAGUGGCUAUCUACUUCGUUCAUAUAUUAUGACACCGCUUCUCAAUCCAAGGACACGCAAUGAACAAUUAUAUAACGAAUCUUUAAUAAGAACGCGAAACACCAUUGAAAGAACUUUUGGUGUAUGGAAAAGGCGAUUUCCCAUUUUAGCUCUGGGAACCAGAUUUCAAAAAAUGGAUUCAAUAAUGGCAAUGAUAGUUGCAACUGCAGUAUUACAUAAUAUUUGUCGAAAAUCAGGAGAGCCAUUACCACCAGAUGAUCCUCAAGUACAAUUACCUGUGCCAUGGGAACAGAUCUUGGAGGAAGGAAGAAUGCCAGAGGUACAUAAUGGACCAAAUAUCAGGUUACAAGGGAAUCAAGUUCAACAAUCACUAAUCAAUGGAUACUUCAGAAUGUUGCUGCAAUAAUACAGGAUGACGUACGUGAAUAUGUUACCUGUGCCAUUGGAACAGAGCUUGGAGGAAGGAAGAAUUAAGAAGAAGAAUUAUUGAUUAUUACACAUGUACAGGAAUGUACAUUGUUUUGAAAUUCAACAUAAAUUUUUUUGGCAUAAUUUUAGUAUAUUUUUUAUUUCUUUUGAUUGUUGUGAUUGUUUAUAAAAAAUGGAAAAAUAUAAUUUUUACCUAUGCAUAAUAAUACUUUUAAGUAUAAAUAAGUGUCAAUCGAAAUUAGCAAAACUAUACAAAAAAUAAAGCAAUUAUAUGU